GAGAAGGCUUCUACUUCCGGUCGGCUGGCCCGUCAACCGUCGACUUGGGAAAAUAAAGGAGGAAAAUCGCCUGGGGUUUCCUCUCAGAAUCGGUCCGCCUUCUCCGAGCGGGGCCGGAACGGGGGAGGGAGGGUUGUGUUCCCGGCUCCGGUCUGUUGUGGAGGUGUUGGUCACGUCAGUAGGAAGGGGAGCAUUGCAGCGGACAAUCCGGGCCGGUGGGUAGGGAGGCAACAGGUACCUACCGAUCUGUAUCCCCGCCUGUUUCCCCCAACCCAUGUUAGAUAUCUUCAUGGGACGAUAGAUUUCCUCAGAGGGCUGGGAUUCCAGGGUUAGAGUGACACUCUAUUACCCCCGGGGUGGCGGUGUCGUUGCCUUUUGAAACCAUCGGGUCGGGGUUGAUGGCAGAUGACAACGGUCAAGGGGCUUAUCUGUUAGUUGCAAGGUUCAAAGGUGAAGGGACGUGAUCUUUGAGCCUAUCUGGGGGUAGCGAAUGAUAAAAAAAAAUCUUUCUGGUAGGGGUUAAAGGUUGCUUGUAAAGGGCAAGCUUUUUCAACCCAAGGUACCUCUGCAGGGAGAGCAGGGACUGGGUUUUGUCGCUAGUCUGGAUGAGGGGGAAAGGACGUGAUCUCUGAACCCAACUAGUCUGGGUUGACAGAUGUUAAAGGUCAAUGGGGGAAUUACUCUGAAAGUCCUGGGUAGUUGGAGGGACAAAUUUGUUCAACCUAAAGGACUGUAGGAGAAGGAGUAGGGACUGGGCUUUGUUGCUAGUUUAGACUGGGGGGAAGCAAGGCUAAAUAACCCUUUGUCCAGAUAACUCAGAAGGGAACAACAGCUAACCAGCCCCCUAGUUAUCCAGGAGCCCAUGAUGACGGCAUUUGGAGUCUCCACAUGCAGACGCCCCUGAUACAAGGACCAAGUUAGAGGGCACGACUGCUGCUGAAGACAGGGCACGGGAAGAUUGAAUUCUGGUACCCUGUCAAUGCAGGGAGCAAAGGUCCUAGGCCUCACGUUGUGUGCUUUCUCUCUGGGACACAUCAAGUGACUACUGAUCUGCACCCUCCUCCCUGUCCAGAGGGAGAGGCACCUGACGGAAGUGUCACCAUCACCCAUGAGCACAGCCUGUUGUGCCUGCAGAACCAGCCAUCCAGCCUAAUAGCACGUCUCAACUCUCAGCAAAUCUGUUAGAGAGAAUUAACAAGUGAGUUGGUCCAUCAAGGCUGUCUGCAACUUGGAAUAAAUGCUAAAAUCAUGGACGAUGCUUGAAGAUUAAAGGAGUGGUGGAAUUAUUGCCAGCAUUUCUAAGGCAGGGGAUUCACUGGCCACGGAGAUAUUACCAGAACUUUUCCUUCACCUGGGGCCGGUAGGGGUUGGUCAUGGAUGGCACUGACUUUGGACAAGGUGACAGAAAAAUGGCCACCAAGUCUGGAGUGGAUGCAGACAUGAAGCCCAAGUCAGUGGGCACCGAGCCGUCUGCUUCCGGAGACCACGGCGAGACCGAGCGUCCGGAGGGAGAAGGAGAGCAGGCCCAGAAAAUCUCAUCCUCUGAUCCCACCGAGACGCUGGAGGAGGAUCCGAGACCGGGAGCCGACAGCCAGGCAGCGGACAACAGCAAGGAAUCGGCCACCAGUGGGUUGGCCUCGGUGGAGUCUGAUGGGGAUGUGGCCAGCCUGUGCUCGCAGGAGGAGGUGGAUGGGGAGGACCUACAGGAGGCCGAGUGCCCACUGGCCGAGAGCACAGAGUCCGACCAGAUCUCCGCCCCAUCCCUGGGGAGCUGCAGCGAGAUGGAGCAGGAACCCUUGCAGGGGGCUGGAGCGAAACCCGAGGUCCAACGAAGUGACCCCAGCAACACCUUCUAUUACGUGAAGUGGAUCAGCUGGAAGGGAGAAAAGACUCCUAUAAUCACCCAGAGUGAAAACGGGCCCUGCCCGCUCAUCGCCAUCAUGAACAUCUUGUUCCUGAGGUGGAAGGUGAAGAUACAGCCAAAGACUGAGGUGAUAUCAGUUGAGCAGCUGAUGAUCCUUCUAGGUGACUGCAUACUCAACACCAAGCCCAAGGAGAGCUCUGAGGGCCUGCAGCUCAACUUCAACCAGAACAUGAACGAUGCCAUGGCUGUUCUGCCCAAACUCUCCACAGGGCUGGACGUAAAUGUCCGGUUCACAGGAGUUGGUGACUUCGAAUACACACCUGAGUGCAUCGUGUUCGACCUGUUGGAUGUCCCUCUUUACCACGGCUGGCUUGUUGACCCCCAGAGUCAUGAGGUUGUGCAGGCAGUCGGAAGGUACAGCUACAACCAGCUCGUGGAAAAGAUCAUCAGCUCCAAGCAGUCCACGGACAGCACACUGGUCAGUGAAGGGCUGGUCGCAGAGCAGUUCUUAGAUGCAACUGCCACGCAGCUGACUUACCACGGUCUCUGCGAGCUCACGGCUGCAGCUAAAGAAGGGGAGCUGUGUGUCUUUUUCCGAAACAAUCAUUUCAGUACGAUGAUUAAGCACAAGGGACACCUCUACCUUCUGGUGACCGACCAAGGCUUCCUGUCCGAGCAGAAGUUAGUGUGGGAGAGCCUGCACAAUGUGGAAGGCGAUGGCAGCUUCUGUGACGCGGAGUUCUGCCUCAGUCACCCCACUGGACGUCAGCUUCCCUACACUGCCACCCAGCCACCCCAGCAGCAGAUCGACCAGGAUUACAUGGUGGCACUGUCCCUGCAGCAGCAGCAGGGCCCUGGAGACCUCAGCGACCUGGAACUGGCCCGACAGCUGCAGGAGGAGGAGGAUCGCCGAGCAGUCCGGUACCUUCAAGAGCAGGAGCACCAGGCCCAGCCGCAGGCAGCAGCUGCACGCCAGCCCCCAGCCUCUGGACGCCAAGGAGGCUCUGAGCGCCGGCAACCUCGAGAGAGGGAAAAGAGCAAAGAUUGCACCAUCCUGUGAGCUGCCACCUCAUUCGGUCUGGGUUCCCACCGCCGUGGUCAGCCUCUCUUCCCAGUCCAUGUGGGACUGGUGUCUCACCUCUACUCUACUCAACUUCUGAAAACACUACCAAGCGUCGAGAGUCAAGGAGGCAGAGACGCUUUCAUUGUGGGUCCUCGACCUUCCAGUGGAUCCUGGGCAGGAACGGUUACCUGGAUACCUUCCAGGAGAUUACCACAUGACCCUCCCUUUUCACCCUAUUUGUUAAUGGAUGUGUUUGCCCUUGGCACCUGUGGCCAGUUAGAAAGCCAUUUAUUCUUUCUCAAUAUAUUUUCAGCUUUUAUUUUAAUUGAGGUUUCUUCUUUGCAAGAAAAUACUUUUAACCUUUUGCUUUCCACCCUCUGGCCUGAGCCUGGAGAUUUCAGGGCAAUGAUGGGUGGCUGGUAUAGCCCCUUAGGUUCGAAUAGGCUGGCAGUGUCAAGGACGGAGAUGGACCAUGCUCAAUAAGGAGAUAUUUAGCUGCUUGGUAGAAGACACCACCUUCGGGAGAGAUUUAAAGACCGCUGGCUUUUUGUGGGGUAGAGUGUCCUUUCUUUACAUCCUCCCACUGUUUAAACAAAUUCAGAAUCGCCCCCUGAGAAAAUAUCGGUAACCUCAGAGUUGUCAGAGUUGUACAGACAAUUGAACAGGUGACCCACCUAAUACAGAAAUUCAUUCUUACAGAAUUUGCGGCCUAAAAAUCUGAGGCUUGGAAUAAAAUUUAUUGUCAUGGAAUUUAAAUAGAAAAUAAAUCAACACAAGUUUUUUCCCCAA